UGGCGCGAUACAAUCUGUCCGUGAUGGUGCAUCGGCUGUUUCUACCUGAGCUGGAACUCGGAAAGUGCUGGACGGGAUUGAAAGGAUAUAUCCGGAUGUUUCGGUCACAAUUGGAGGAGGAUGCUCAGAGAUCCGGAGAGGAUAAGGGCAUCUUCUGGAGGAUGGUGAUGCAAAUGAUCUGUGUGGUAAAUACAAUAAAAUGGGGUUCGAGGGAUGUUGAAAAACGUGAACAGGAUGAUACGUGGAUGAAGGAACCAAUGCCUGACACGGAAUGGCGACCUGUGUAUUGUUUUUUUCUUUUUCUUUUAUAGAUCAUGGCCGUCUAUAUACGGUCGGGAGCGGACAUAUCAAACUAUCAGCCGGCGGAUCUCAUGAAGGAAGCAUGGGACAUGGAAGGAGAAUAUUCAAAUGCAAAAGGUCCCUGUCCUGCACGGAUACAGGAUGCUGCUGCUCAAUUUAUACGUAGUAUAGCGAGCCGUGCGGCCAAGGACGAUUGUCGACUAUAUGGACUUUACCAAAACACCCUUCAAUUAGUCCUGGAACAAGUCCGAUACUGUGUCCUCAAUUUGGAGGAUCCUCGGGAGAUCAACCUCGUCAGGGACUUGUCAGAAUUGCGUUCUAGCAAAGUUCAAAAGCUUUAUAGCGACCCCUCGAUAAGGAACUAUGGUUGGUCUACACUGGAGAACAUGGAUUCACACUGGUUCGAAAUAUCAGAGGCUGUUAGGCAAGAUGCAGAGGGGAAUUUGCAGGAGGAAGACGAGGAAGACGGCAAAGACGGGGAACAGGAAGAGCAGAAGAAAGAGCAGAAGGAAGAGACACAGUACCAGGACCAGGACCAGAAGCAGCCCCGACAGCAUGCAUCGACGACUUCCCCAUCCCCGAAGGUCCAAUCCCCUUCAUUUCUGACGCAAGAUCCUGUCAUUUUUAAGGCCCACGACUUUAAGGUCAAAUAUUGGGAUUCAUCUGAGGAGAGUGGCUCUGAGCAGGAGUUUAUACAGAAAGAGAGGGAAGAUUCGUCGCCAGUGAAAACCGUGAGGCGUGCAAGCAAGCCCUGUGCAGCUGAAGAGAAGGAUGAUACGAACUUGCAGAAGAACAAAGGAAAAGGCAGGAAAGAAGCGUCCUUACCUAUCGAAGGACAUCAAGGCCAGCUACUGCCAGUACAACCAUCAGCAUCAGCAACGCCGGCAACAGUUUCAUCAACAUCAACAACAACAGCAGCACCAUCUAUAUUAACUGCGAGUUUAUCUUCUUCGUCAAAGGAACCAUUCGCACCUAGUAAAGCACCUUCGAAGCCCGUCCCUGCGCGUCUUACCCCAGAUGCGGUACAGUCGAUGCCAAAAACAGCACCACCUUCAUCAGAUACGGCACCAACUACGUCAGCGGCAGCAGUAUCUUCUCCAGGCUCGGCACCUGCACCGCAGUCCCCGUCAGCGCCGCCGCCGAGAAUGGAAAAGAAGGAGGCUAUAAGUCUGCUGGAUCGCGUCUGUAGAGCGAUUGGGGUCGGCUCAGCGUCAGUAAAGCAGCAGAGCGACUCAGAGUUCGAAGAUGACGGUGACGACGUACCGCCCAUAGUUCUGAAGCCAAGACGAGUGUCUCUCCCUCCUGCGAACCCAGACCCAAAGAGUACUAUCAAAGAUGAUCAGAAGAAGGAGAACACUGAACGAGACGGCUCUGGAGAGAGCCAGAGCAUCCGCCGUGGCACGCAUGCUGUUGCGCAAUUUUCAACCUCAACUUCAGCCUUGGCCCCAGAUAUUACCUCGACUCCAGCCUCUUUAACGGCACCUAAACUCGCACAAAAGUCUACGAUACGCAAGGAGCGUAGAAAGAACCGAACAUGGACACGCGCAGAGGUAGAGCGGCUGAUGGAGCUCGUCCCGCGUUUUCAGCAUCGAUUAGAGUCAGGGGCAGCAGCGGCGGCGACAGGUCCCGGUCAAAAACAAAGAUCACGAAAAGUUCAGUGGGCCCGAUUGAAGCGAUUUGAUGAGCAAAAUGGCAACAUCUUACGGCACCGCGAUCAAGUCAUGUUGAAGGACAAGUAUCGAGAACAAACGGAUCACGGCCGCCAUCGAGCUCAGGUGAGCGAGAUAUUACGGACCAAGAGUACGAACGCUCCAAGGCACCAAUUUCCACAGCAAGAUAACCAACUAGUUCAAUAAUAGUGCACUGCAGGGGCUACAGUUCGAUGUAGCCAAACGCAUGUGCGAUGUAUCAUAGCCUAUUA